AUGGCACACAAAACCACCCCACCAGCCAACAUCACCGGCACCAAUCCUCCAACCAACGCUCCAACCCCACCGACUAAUGCCGUGACGGUUUCUCCGGAGAUAUGGGCACAGAUGCAACAGCUGCUGGGUUUGCUUCCAAACUUGGGGUCAUUGGCGGCAUCAUCGGCACCUCCCCCAGCAUCUUUGCCUCCGACUUCUUUGGCGGCGGCUCCUUUGGCUUCUUCGGCACCAUCCCCAGCAGCUCCUCCAACUUUGUUGGCGUUGGCGGCGUUGUUGGCACCUUCCCCGGCAGCUCCUCCAGCUUCCUUUGCUCCAGAGUCGUCGGCACCUCCCCCUGCAUCUACAGCACCAUUAACUUCCUUGCUUGCAGCAUCAUCAGUCCCGUCUACGGCUCCUUCGCCGGCUGUUGGCGCCUCUCCAACCUCUAACUCAGUGAUGAAUACCAAAGACAAAGCAGAGUACGCUUCGGUCACGUCAGAUCUAGCCAAAGUAGUACCAGCUCCUGAUAAGCCCGAAAUCAAAAAUUACGCCGAACCAAAUGCAAUCAUCAAUCUCAAGACUUACAACUUUUGCACAGGAGGUCAGUAA